AAGCGCUACGAACGGCGGAGGCUGCCGGCGGAGCCGUCUCCAAGGCUGCCCCGGGCUGCCCCCGCCCCCGCCCCGCCGAAAUCCCUCGGCAGGGCGAACAAAAGCGCCGCUUCGCCGGCCGCCGCCGCCACUGAGGUCGCUGCCGCAGGGCGCAGAGCACAUCGCCCCUCGCCCCUCGGCCGGGCGCGGCCGCACAGCGACCCCGCCAUGCAGCAGGAAGCGCUCAGCUGCCGCAUGAGCGGCGCGGCCGGGGAGCCCGGCGCCCCGGGGGCCAUCACGCUGGAGGACCUGGACAGCAUGGCCGAGGAGCAGAGCCCCGACUCGGCGUAUCACAGCAACGGCUGCAGCCAGGACGAGGACGCCGAGCAGGAGCGCCUGCUCAGCUACUGGCAGAGCGUGGGCAGGGGGCACCAGGUGGACGUGCCCGGGGACAUGGCAGAGCCAAUCCAGCAACUGACCAGAAAUAAUCAACAUCAGGAGAGGGAAAGUAUCCCAUUUACACUGAUACACCGCAAAGAAAAGUUUGGGGAAGUGCUUUACGAAAAACGUCACUAUGGAAAAGCUAAAUGGGCUUGUAUUAAAAUGCACGAAGAACAGUAUGAACAGAGCAUAUGUCUGGGAUUCAUGAAGCUUAUGAAAUAUAUUUGUGAGCAGAACUCUUCAGGAUUGUACUUGGGGAUGACUAUACCCAUUGUGACUCUAGUGCAUACUAACGAAACUCACUCAGAGUUAACACGUUCAGUGACAGUCGCAUACUACCUGCCUGAACUACUGCAGGACCAGCCACCUCAGCCUUAUGAUUCUGACAUAAUUAUUGAAGAGUGGCCUCCUACUGUUGUUUAUACUAGGAGCUUCAGAGGGGUCACCAAUGAAGACUCUAUAAUGAGAGAAAUAAACUUCUUGGGAGAACUUCUGGAGAGCCCUGAGCUAUGUUUGCAGAAUAUAUUCAUUGUUGCAGGAUACACCAAUCCAGCUGCUGCAAAUCGACACAAUGAAAUAUGGUUCCUGCAAAGACCGUAGCCUCCCACUUCAGAUGCCUAGCAUUAUCCAAAUUCAGUUUGUACACAAUGGCACACUUGAAUUUGCAAGUGAAUCAUGUCAGGCUAGUCAAGAGCUUUAUAAGUCUUUGUGAUAAACUAUACAGAAUUUUUAAUCCUAUUUUCCUAAACUACAUAUUACAGUCAAUCAAAUUAGCAUGACAAUCAAUCCAAUUUAGUUAUUGAGCCAUCAGGGUUAAUAUCUGAAAUUUUACUGCCAAUUUUGAAAAAGUCUUAUACACAAUUUUUUACUAGAUACUUCAGUUUUACAGUUUAUCCAUAAUAUUUCUUUGAGAUUUAUAGUACUUUUCAAAUUGAUUCAUGUAAUCUUUGUAAACAAGGUAAAUUCAAGUCACAAAGGUAUAGUUCAUAAAUUCUAAUGUUAAAAAACUAAACUGUUUUUAGAUUUUUUAAAUAUUAACAUAUUAAAUAUUUUUCCACUACAGUAUCUCUAGGGUGCCCUAAAUAUUUAGCCUGAGAUUUUCAAAAGUGCUCAGUGUUGGCCCAACUCUGCUCAAAUGGAAGACCAUAAUAAAAGUUGGGAGCAGAAUUGGGUCAACACUUUUGAAAAAUCCCACCCUUGAGUACAGGUUUUCCCCACUCUUCUCAAAAAGAUAUUGAACCAAAGUAUUUGUCACCUUCGAAAUACAGAGUCCAGGAUGUGAAGAGUCAGUUGCAUUGCUCAUUCAAGUUUUGUUAGUAAAUAGUUCCGUUUUUCCUUUUUUGAAACUCACUACCACACACCCAUAGAUGACUGAAUAUGGUACUCAGGAGACAGAGGAUAGGCAUCAUUCCUGCUCAGCUGUUCAACUUACUGAGUGACAUGAACUUUAAAAACUAGAGCUUUGCCUAGAUAUUCAGAAUAUAGUAAUCAAGGCAGAUUAAUUGGCAUCACAGAAACUUGAAGGGAUAAAUCUCCUGACUGAAAUAUUGGUAUAUAGGGGUACAGCUUGUUCAGUAAGGACAGGAAGGGCAAAAACUGAGGAGGUCCAGAAGGAGAUGGGAGGCAGACCCACUGAAAAUCUCUGGGUAAAGAUAAAAGGGGGAGAAAAUGUGUGUGACAUCAUGGUAGGAGUCAAAUAUAGACCACCAGGAAGAGGAAGCAGAUGAGGAAUCUCUAGAACAGACAUCAGAAAUAUCAAACACAAGACCGGAUAGUAACAGGGGAAUAACUACGUAGACAUCUGUUGGAAAAGUAAUAUGGCAAAGCACAAGUUCUUGGAAUGUACUGGGAACAACUUGGUGUUUCAGAAAGUGGAACAAGUAACUGGGGGACAGUCAUUUUAGAUCCGAUUCCAACCAACUGGGAGGAAUUGGUAGGGAAUCUGAUGGUCGAAGGCAAUUUGGGAUAAACUGAUCAAGAAAGAUAGAUUCUAAGGAAAAAAAGGAGGGAGAGCAGCAGAAUAAGGACACUGCACUUCAAAGCAGACUUUAACAAACUCAGAACUGGUAGGUAAAGUUCCAUGGGAAGAAAAACCUAAGUGAUAAAGGAGUUCAGGAAAUCUAGCAAUUUCUCAAGGAGACAAUAUUAUAGGCAGAACACCAAUCUAUCCCCAAGUAAAGGAAAGAUAGGAAGAAGAGUGAGGGGCAAAUAUGGCUCCAUCAGGAGCUCUUCAAGGACAUGAACAUCAAAACAGAAUCCUACAAAAAGUGGAAACAUGGACAAACUGCUAGGAGCAGUACAAAAAGAACAGCACAAGUAUGUAGGGACAGAAUCAGAAAGGCUAAAGUACAAAGUCCGUUACACUGAGCCAGGGAUAUAAAAAGGCAAUAAGAAGAUGUUCGUUAAAUAUAUUAGAAGCA